CGCGUCCACGAUGAACUCGCUGCGUUGCGCCGGCUGCCGUUUGCCGGGAGCUGCCGUUGCUGUCAUUGCCGGGGCGGCCAAAUCGGUUGGCGGCGCCCAUCGUGCCCGCAGUGCGGAUCUGCGGCUGAUGCGCCGCUUCACCCAUCACGAUGGCACGCGGGUGAUGAGCGGUAAACGCGAAGUUGUGGGCUAUGGCGUCAAUGGCAGCCCCAACUACAUUGACUGCUCGGACUUUCCAUUCCCGGCCAUACGCUAUCGCGAGGUCACGCCGGAGAUCUGCGCGAUGCGCGAAAAGGAAAUGGGCGACUGGAAGAAGCUGUCGCUGGACGAGAAGAAGUCCCUGUAUCGUCAUAGCUUUUGCCAGACCUAUGCGGAGUUCCAGUACUACAUGCCCGAAUGGAAGCUGGCCAUUGGCAUCACCCUUUGGGCCAUAUCCUUUGCCAUGCUCAUCUCGCUGGUCUCCAAUGUGGCCAUUUAUGAUGAUUUGCCAAUCACCUACGAUGAUGAGCAUCGGCAGGCGCAGCUGCGUCGCAUCAUACAGCUGCAAAUGAAUCCCAUAACUGGACUCUCCUCCAAAUGGGAUUACAGCCAGAACAAGUGGAAGUGAUUGUAAGACAAAAAU